AAAAUAACGAGCGGAAGCAAAAUACAGCAACCUCGUAUUAUCCCGGAAACAAUUAAUCAACUCGACCUUCCAUGUUUUAUGUUUUCGAUCACUGAGAAGGCUUCAUUGAGCCAAAAUUUGACAACAAACUGAAUACUUAAUUGUGGCGUUGUAAUUGAACCGGAACUAGAAGCCGAUCUUAAUUCAGUCGCACCAGUUUGGUUCUAAUCGCUUUUAGCCAUUAGCAUUAGCGUGCAAGCUGCCCUACACUUACAAUGUCAACGGCUCCGGAGUCCACCGCCGCUCCGUCAAAGUCCCUCCAGACGUUUAAGGACUGCUGGGGCUGCAGGGCCAUCUCAGGAGGGGGUCUGAUUCUGUCUGCGGCUUAUGUGUUCAACGCAGCGAGGAGGAUAAUGAAGCAGGGAGCUCCUACCUCCAUGGGGACGGUGGCACAGAUCACAUUCGCUGCAUGUCUGGCUUCUUGGGGAGUAGUCAUCAUCACCGAUCCGGUUGGAAAAUCGCAUAGGAAGACCACAUGAAGGAAGAUCUGCACAUUUUAACGGGACAAAACUCACAUGUGGACAUAAAGAGCCUGGUCCCGAGCACCAGCAGAGAGACUCUUGAAGCAGAUUGCUUACUGGAAUGUCUUCCACCAUAUGAUUUAUAUAUAUUUUUUUUGGCUAGGUGAAUAGUCACUGUAUGGGAGCUUUACGUGAUGACAAUUGUGUAGCCAUCUCGACAACAAAUAGAACAAGAAAAGAUGCUGCCAGAACAAUGAUUGGUCAUGUCCUCUGACAUAAAUACAGCAUUUGAAUGAAGUAUUUGACAUAAAAAUUCUCUAAAUAGCUGUAUUUCCAAAGGCAAUAUUGACGGGAUUUGGAGUAGAUGUUGACAACAAUCCAUUCAGUCCAUGCAAAGAAAAUCAAACCAUAGCUCUCCAUAAAUUGUCUAAUAAAAUCAAAUGUCAGGGAACAGCUGCUUUUAAAUGCUUAUUAAAAUGUUUUGAAUGCUUGAUAUGAAAGCCUCCGUUGGUGAUGACCUCUCUAAAACAUUUUCAGUACGAAUAAAUUAAUCAUGUGAAUUACUAAGUUCUUCCACACUGGCCGUACAUUCUUUGGUUGUAUUUCAUUUUUCUUGGAACCUUGUUUCCUUGGCUGUUUGACCUUGAUGAAACGGCCAUCUCCAUCACUCCAGAUCAAAAAUGCUUGCGUUUGUGCAUCAAUCCUUUCUUCAAUUACAUGCCCUACAUCAUAA